ACUCACAUUCACACCACAUUGUAAAAAAAAAAAAAAACAAAAGUGGGUUGGGUACUACAAACAAUACCGUGAUUAUCAUUCAUCAUUCAUUAUUCAUUCUGGGCGCAGGAACAAAACAGAAUCAGUGAAUAGUGAAGAGUGUGGAAUUGGAUCAGAUCCGUUAUAGAGAGAUGUCACGGGGGAGAUCUGAUUCGGGAGGGUGGUUGAGGGGCUGUUUGGUGGUGUUUGCAGUGGUCUCAGCGUUGGGUGUGUGUGGGCCUGCUCUCUAUUGGCGAUUCAAAAACGCAAUCACUCUUCGCAAUUCCCACAGCAGCAAACUCUCUUGCCCUCCCUGCCUCUGUGAUUGCCCUCCCCCUCUCUCGCUCUUCCAACUCGCUCCUGGGUUGGCCAAUCUCUCUGUCUCAGAUUGUGGAAGUAAUGACCCGGAUCUGAAGGAGGAGAUGGAGAAGCAGUUUGUGGACCUUCUCAGUGAGGAGUUGAAGUUGCAAGAGUCUGUUACUGAAGCAAACACCCGGCACAUGAACAUAACUUUGGCUGAAGCAAAAAGAGUGGCUUCUCAGUACCAGAGAGAGGCAGAUAAAUGCAUUGCUGCAACUGAAACAUGCGAGCAGGCAAGAGAACGUGCUCAGGCCAUACUUACCAAGGAGAAAAAGAUGACUUUGGUGUGGGAGAAACGAGCUCGUCAAAUGGGUUGGGAAGGAGAAUAACUGCAUAAGUUUUGUUAUUUAUAUUCUUUAUGGCUAUAAUCAUGAUCGUGGUUUUAUACAAGUAUACAAGCAAAAUGCUUGAGUUGUCAAAUUUAGGUUAAAGUUGAUAUCCUUACUGUCUAACUGUAUCCCUUAUAUGCUAGUAUCAAACAAUUUUUACAUCUUAUGAUACCAAUGCAUACGCUUGCACCAUUAGUCUGUUAUCACGGCUCAGUCUCAUGGGCGCUUAAAACCCAUGUUCAUGGACUUGAUUAUAUUUAUACACUAUAUUUAGCUCUGUUUUCAAA